UGUCCUCAGUUCCCAUGCGAGGUUCCGCUCGGUAUCGUUCAGCCAAGCCGAUCGUCUCGAGCGGUGUCAUGUCGCGAGUCAGCCGUCUCUAACGCGAGGAAUCCGGUCGGUGAGAAGUGUGUGAAUCUCCCCACGUGGAAGAGCCCAAGAAACGAUCAUAGCAAUGCGGUUCGCCAAGCUGAGACUCUUCACGGCGACGCUCCUCGUUGUCGCGAUCCUCGCUAAAGAGGAAAGCUCGUCGUCGAAGAACCGCGACAAACGUCAACAGCUCGCCUUUCUACGAAAGGUGGGUCGCCUGCCGCCGUAUGCGGUGCAAAUGGAACCGAUAGUGCAAUAUUCUCAGAGAGAUCCUUUAUAUAAUCCUUUGACGAGUUCGAAGAACGACGAUUUAUACGGAGAGACUCCAUCGAGCUAUUAUCAGACGGAACCCGAGCCGAUUAUCGAGAUCAUCAUCAAAGAAUCUAACGAGACUCUUCCAACUCCGGCGCCGCUACCACUUUCUUCUCAACCGCGACCUACCAAGGAACCCAUCCAAGUCUUCUAUGUAAAAUACGAGAAGAAAAAGGGGUAUGGAGAUAAGACCCGUGUUGUAUACGAUCCACCGAUCCCCGCGCUGACACCUGUGGAGGAGCACGAGGAAAUUAAGCCGGACAAUCCGCCACCAUAUGGGGAAGAGCCGGCGAAUACAGUAACACCGGCACCGUCUCCGGAACCAUCGACGACCUUACGCGCUAUUAUUCGACCCGAUAGCGAAGUGUAUCAUUCCGGUAGUAGCGGUAUCCGCGUGACUUUUGGUACCGAGCAAGUGCCACCCAACAAUCACAACAAGCGUAGCGACUUAGAGACGCCUGCAGGCAGUAUUCAACAGUACAUUAGCAAGCCAACAACGUCACCGGGAGCGCCGAAAAGACAGCACGGUCCUUAUCAACCCUUGCAACCACCGCAACCCCCGCGAGUACCCGCAUUUCCGCAACAGCGGAUUAUUAAUUCAUUCCCGCCGCAACCGCAAGCAACGACGUUCUUGCAACAACAGCAACAGCAGCAAUCACUGCUGCAGCAUCAAACGUUUCCACCUCAGCAAUCCUUGAGAAAUCCACCACCGCCACCACCACCAUCAUCGAGGCCACUGCAACGUCAUCCCAUAACCAUUCAGGGUCUCCCGGAAGUGCAACAACGCGCGACAUUCAACAGUUUUGGUCCGCCACCGCAUCACGUCAACAUCAAUCAUCCUCAGCAACCGGGAUUCCCACCUGCGCUGUCGGUAUCGCAUCAAAGCGUUCAAGUACAAAAUCGACCAUUGUCGCUGCCACAAAAUAACUUCGCGGAACCGCCCCAGCAACCAUUACCGGUCAGAUCUGGUGGCUUUAAUUCGGAGCAGCAACCGUUAUCUAGACAGAAUGGUUUUAACGUAGAGCUUCCACCGCAAUCUCCAUUUAAACAACAGGAAUUGGAGAAGCAACGUUAUCACGAGCAACGACGACAGCAAGAGUUAUUGAAGCAACGGGAACAUCAACGACAGCAUGAGCAGCAACGACAUCAAGAACAUCAACGAUUUUUGGAGCAACAGAGACAGGUCGAGCAACAGAGAUUGCUGGAGCAGCAGAGACAACAAGAACAUCAGAGGCAGCAAGAGCAUCAGAGACUUCAGGAACAACAACGAUUGCAGGAACAGCAACGCUUGCAAGAACAACAUCGGCAACAGCAGGAGCAGCAACAAUUGCAAGAAUUGCAGCGCUUGCAGGAGCAACGCAGGCGGAAACAGGAGCAGGAGCUGAAGUUCCUUCAGGAACAACAACGAUAUCGUACACAACUUAAGUAUAAUCAGGUUCAGCAAUUGCAGCCGCAAUUACAGCCACAAUUGCAGCCACAAUUGCAGCCACAAUUACAGCCACAAUUAUCAUCUCAACGACCAGGAGGUGAAAUUUUCAAGGCCGUGCCUAAGCUAGAACAGCAUUACGCGUUCCAAGAAAAUCCUCUUCAUCCCGGUCCGUUCCCACCAAAUCCCACGAUAAUUCAACCAACGACGUUUCCCGAACUUUCCCAAAACCAGUUCGUAUCGCCGCAAUCGUUCAGUGCCCUUCACGACUCUCAGCAACUGUCUGGGAGUUUAAAAAAUCAUUUUAUCUCCGGUGACGGUCUGCAGCAACAGUUAAACACGCAACAAUUAAACCAGCACUUAAACACGAAGCAAUCUCAUCAGAGUAGUCAGCAAAGCUUCUUCUCGCAGACGCUUCCGACAUCGCAACAACGGCCACAAACGACCGCAACGACCACUUUCACUCAGCAACAAUCGAUAUGGGGCCGGCCAUCGUUCCAGAAUAAUCCCUCGCAGAAGAUCUACGCGACACCGGUUAGUCCCUCCGAACAGUUCAACUCACCGCCGACCGCUAGAACGUUCUUACCGACAACUACUAGUACGACUACAACCACAACUACCACCACGACUACCGAAGUGCCAACCACCUCGACGACACUCUCGCCGAAUAAGGCGGCCAAGAUCAAAGAGAACAUUGCGAAUCUACCGGACGAGGUGCCAGACGACAUCAGGGAGCAGCUGUUGAGCUCCGGUAUUUUAGGCAACGCCGAUAUCCAGAUUCUCGACUAUGACAAGAUCGGCGAUAUUCCGAUCGAGAAACUGCCGCCGGAAGCUCUGGCGAAUUUCUACGGUGCCGGAGGCGGUGCGGCGAUUGCCGCCGGCAGCGAGCCCGUGCCGACGGUCGUCAAGAGACCACCAUUGAAGAUAGCGCAGAAGAAGGUGACAAACCUGACUCCCGCUAUCAAUCGUGGUAGCAACUCGACCAAGUUCGAGCAAGCCACCUUGCGGCCCGGUGGCGUGGAGAUGAAAGUAGUACGCUUCGAUCCGAAUACGGAGCAAGGCCGGGCCGUGGCGGAGCAGCAUAUACGGGACGACGCGACCCGGCUGCAGCCGGUGACCGUGGGAACGCGCGGGGAUGUCUCACAGUACAAUCGUUAUCUGCCGCUUAAAGUGAGCGGCGCGUCCUUCCCGAUACCGGAUGUGCCGGAACUCAACGGCCGUAAGAUCUCGAGCGUCGUGGUGCUGGCACCCGUCGACUACGACUUUCCCGGCGAGGAGAGGGAGAUCACGGAAUCUCAGCGGCGCAGCAGGAAGACCGGCGGCGAUGCGCAGCCGGUCAGGUUUCUCGCCGGUGACACCCUCAAGCAACUCGUGAAGAAGCCCACCGCGGAGAACUACAAGAAGUGGCUGGAACAGGAGAGUCGCACCGAGCCGCAGAGACAGUCUGUCGUUCUUCUAGUGACUAUGCCGAGAGAUGGUGACGGUCAAGGUGACAAGGAAAUCUUCAUGUACGACGUGACCUCUGGAGCCGUUAGCAAGCUAGCCGGUGAUCUCUCGACGGCCUUUGUAGACGCCGCCGAGAGCAACUCUGACGGCACCGAUUCUAUCGACGACUCUACCUUCUCGACAUUUUAAUUAGUUCAUAAGAAAAAAGUUUAUAAAAAAAUUUCUUGAAAUAUUAAAAAAAUGUUUAAUCCACGGCCGGACGCAGAAUUUCUUUUUUGAGAGAUUGUACAAUAUGGAUAUAUUCAAGAUUUUGUCUUUGUUGCGAGUAAAGAAAGUUCUUUGUACUUCUCGACUUUAAUUAAAUGAUUUUUACUAAACGGAAUGUAACUUUUUUGUCGUGAUGAAGGAGAAAGAAUUGAUUUAGGUCUGUGUGUUGCUUACGCGAUAAUGAAUGUCAAUGGUUAAAUGCUGAUGAAAAACAAUGUAAAAACGGCGAUUUUUCGACAUUGUGUGAUGCGCUUUUUUAUGUGAUUUGGGCAAAAAUGUAGGAAAGAGGAUAAGGAUUUCGGAGUGAGGCGAAGAAUCGCAGCGUGGCAAAUUACUUCGAGUAUCCUUGUAGAUAUCUUAACUAUGUAUUAUUAUGUACAUAUAAGAAUAAUUUUGUACUUUUUUAUACGAAAUAAA